UUUCCCAAUUAGUAAGUGUUAUUAUUACUUGGUAUUAAUGAAAUAUACUCACAUUGUAUAUGGUGUAUUUUGUUAGUUUUGAUGUGAUGGAACCAACAGGAGAUUCUAAUAGUAGGUCACGGGACAUUGCUUCAUGGCCUAGUGCCGUUUCUCAUUACAUGUUGGAGUGUAUAUUGAAGCAGUACAAGAGUGGUAAGAGUGGAGAUAAUGGACUGAAAAAAGAACAGUUCAUUGAAAUUGCCAACCAACUGAAAGAGAAAUUAUUUACUAGUUAUGACUGUGAACAAGUGAGAAACCACUUCCGGAUUUGGAAGCAAAGGCUUAGAGCAUUGGGUGACCUACAGAAGCAAAGUGGAUUGGGUUGGAAUGCAUCUGAUAUGAGAUUUGAUGCUCCUCGACACUUCUGGAAUGAAUAUAGGAAAAAAGAACAAAAGUAUUGGAAGGAACAUAGUGUGCUCCCAAUUUACCUUGAAGUUGGAGCUUUGCUAAGGAAGAGAUGGCAAUUGGGAAUGAUUCAACAGUCCCCUCUGAAGUUAUGAUGGACGUGACAGGUACUCAAGUUAAGGGAAUAGGGAGCAAUGAUGGU